AUGUUGUCGUUAUAUUUUCAGGAUAGAUUCCUGCCUAUAGCGAAUGUAGCUAGGAUUAUGAAGAAAUCAGUUCCUACGACAGGCAAGAUAGCUAAAGAUGCCAAGGAAUGUGUACAAGAAUGUGUUUCAGAGUUUAUUAGUUUUAUUACUAGCGAAGCUAGUGAGAGAUGUCAUCAAGAAAAGAGAAAGACUAUUAAUGGAGAAGAUAUAUUAUUUGCUAUGUCUACAUUAGGCUUUGAUAAUUAUGUUGAACCAUUAAAAUUAUAUCUACAGAAAUACAGAGAGGUUUGUGUUAUUUUCAAUUUUAGACCAGGGGUCUUAUUCUCAAAAAUAUUAAAAAUGAUUUAA